AUGCAUCGCGUCGCAGUCCGGGCUCUGCGACGAACUCCCUUCCUCCAGCCCACACUCCUCCGCACCACCCUCGCCCGCCUCCUCCCCCGCCGCCCCUUCACCUCCCUCCCCAACCCACUCCUCUCCGCCUCCCGACCUCGGUCCCUAUCCUUCUCCUCUUCCUCCUCCUCCCCUGCCUCCUCCCUUGGUAAACCGCGCCGCCCCUCCGAGCAUGCCAUCGAGCCCCUAAGAUCCUCCAUGUACAUCCGCCGCUUCUCCGUAGCCCUCGUAUCCACCCUCGUCGGCUACGGCGCCUGGUACAGCUACAAGGGCCAGCACAACGACUCCUCCUCUUCCUCCUCCGCCGCCGCUCUCACCCGGAGCUUCACGUCCUCCGCCCAGGGCGCCGUGAGCGACGCAGCUGCCGCUGCUGCCCCGACGCGGACUGUCCUCGUCAUCGGCGCCGACGAGCUGCGCACGGGUACAGUGGUCGGAGACGGCCCGCUGACCAAGUUUAGCAGCGAGUAUGGUAGGCAGGUCAUCGAGAUGCUGAGCCCCGAGCAGGUCGAUGAUAAGCUGCGCGAGAGCGAGCAGUCGUAUUUCGUGAAUCGCGGCCAGGGCGUCGUGAGGUAUGAUCUGGUGCAGUUGCCGAGUAAUAAUCCUAUCGAGGAUGAUCAUGCCGAGAAGAUUGUAGAGGUGCCGAGUCGGGAGAAGGAAGGGGGGGAGGUUACGGACUGGAUGUUUUGGGGGAUUUUUGACGGUCACUCUGGCUGGGUCACCUCCGCAAAGCUCCGCAACUCUCUGAUCCAGUUCGUCGCCCGAGAACUCAACGACACCUACAUCGCCGCCCAAGGCCAACUCCCCUCCGACGCCUCCAUCGACGCCGCCAUAAAAACCGGCUUCACGCGCCUCGACGACGAAAUCGUCCACAAAUCCGUCGAAAAGGUCUUCAAGGAAAACUCCAAGACCCUCGCAGCUGAGGCUCUAGCGCCGGCCCUCGCCGGAUCCUGCGCCCUCCUCUCCUUCUACGACGCCCGCUCCAAGCUCCUCCGCGUCGCAUGCACGGGAGACUCCCGCGCUGUGCUGGGCCGCCGCUCCGACUCCGGCAAGUGGACGGCCACCGCCUUGUCCGUCGAUCAGACCGGAAGCAACCCUGAGGAAGAGGCCCGCAUGCGCGCCCUUCACCCCAACGAACCGCACGUCAUUCAGCACGGCCGCGUCCUCGGCGGUCUGGAACCCACGCGCGCUUUCGGCGACGCCGCGUACAAGUGGACCCGCGAAGUCACCGACCGUCUAAAGAAGUCCUUCUUCGCGCGCACGCCCUCCCCGCGCCUCCUCACCCCUCCUUACGUCACCGCCGAGCCCGUCAUCACAACGACCAAGAUCUCCCCCGAAAGGGGCGACUUCCUCGUCCUCGCCACCGACGGCCUCUGGGAAAUGCUCACCAACGACGAGGUCGUCGGCCUAGUGGGCAAAUGGAUCGAGACGCAGCAGCACCAGCAGCGCAGCCAAACCCAGUUCGAUUCCCUCUGGGCGCGCAUCUUUGGUUCCUCCGACGCCGCCUCCGUGAAAGACCUGCCCGUCGAGAAGAGCGGGGCCAACCCCGGCGAGGACGGGUCCAAGACGCCUAUAAGGCUGAGGCAGUGGGGGAUUUCGCCGGAUGAUAAGGGGCGGUUCAUCACGAAGGAUAGGAAUGUUGCGACGCAUUUGGUUAGGAAUGCGUUGGGUGGUAGGAAUGAGGAGCAGGUUUCUGCACUGCUCACACUUCCUUCGCCGUUUUCUAGGCGGUACCGCGACGACUUGACCGUCCAAGUCAUCUUCUUCGGCGACGGCGAAAAGACCGGCCAAAUCACCCUCAACCUCGAUGCCACCGCCAAAUCCAACCAGCCUCUCAAGGCCAAGCUCUAA